AUGAACCCUUUCGACAGCAGCGCCUCCCUCAAAAUGUUAGGCGAAUUCAACUCCUCUGAUACCCAUAAAUACUCGGUUAUUCUUCCAACUUAUAAUGAACGCAAGAAUCUCCCCGUCAUUGUCUGGUUGCUUGCAAACAUGUUCAAAGAGCAGAAGCUUGCUUGGGAGAUCAUCAUUGUAGAUGACGCUAGCCCUGAUGGAACCCAGGAAAUUGCAAAGCAGCUGGCCAAGGUCUAUGGCGAGGACAGGAUUGUCCUGAGACCGCGUUCAGGAAAAUUGGGAUUGGGAACGGCGUAUAUUCAUGGAUUGAAUUUCGUCACUGGAGACUUUGUCAUUAUCAUGGACGCCGACUUUUCACAUCACCCCAAAUUCAUACCCCAAUUUAUCCGCCUCCAAAAAGCGCACAAUUUAGACAUUGUGACGGGUACUCGGUAUAGGUCAACGUCGACACCGUAUUUAGCUGACGCAACACCUGGCGGGGUGCACGGUUGGGAUCUGAAACGAAAGUUGGUGUCGAGGGGUGCUAAUUUCUUGGCUGCGACGGUACUUAGUCCAGGAAUCAGCGACCUAACAGGCAGCUUCCGAUUGUAUCGACUACCAGUCCUCCGACACAUCAUCACCGAGACGGUGUCCAAAGGCUACGUGUUCCAGAUGGAGAUGAUGGUUAGGGCCAGAGCACUCGGGUACAGCGUUGGCGAGGUGCCAAUUACGUUUGUUGACCGAAUUUUUGGCGAGAGCAAGCUAGGAGCGGACGAGAUUGUUUCGUAUGCAAAGGGGGUAUGGACACUGUUUAUGGGGGUUUAA